AUGUCUUACGCCCCAGACGAGUCAGCAGCACUCCUCGACAGGGAGAGGGGCUUGUAUGAUGGAUUCACCUUGGGUGCUGCGGCCUACGGUGUCCUUCUCACUCUUUUUGUACAGUGUAUGAACGCACUCACUCAGAACCCGCGGGGAGGCAAGAUUCUAUGGCACUAUGUCGCCUACGUUUUUGUAAUGUUCGCGCUGGGAAACGUGGGAUAUUUCACGCACCUUCGCUUUAUCCAACUCGCUUUCGUGGACGAUCGUGAAUAUCCUGGAGGGCCUUUGGGUUACCAAGCGGCUCACUACACUUCAGUGAUCAACAUCACUGGUAUAGUUGCCUACUUUAUGAUGAAUUGGAUGGCAGAUAGUCUGGUGCUCUAUCGGCUAUACGUGAUCUGGGAACGUAGAACUCUCGUGGUCGCCUUCCCCACAAUGAUGUUCAUGGCGUCUUUCUCGCUGUCUAUCGUCGAACUGUACAGCAUCACUCAACCAGGCGCCAGCAUGUUCUCUGACUCGGCGGUCAACUACGGGCUUCUAUAUUGGUCUUUCUCGGUCGCUUUGAACAUCGUCGUCACAUUGCUUAUAGUGUCUCGGUUGAUGUACAUGCGCUACAUGCUCAUGAAGACAAUGCAGCAAACCGAAGCCGGGGUCUAUACCAGCGUAGCCGCCAUGAUCAUCGAAUCCGCCGCUCUUUACUCCAUUUCUGCUAUCAUAUUCCUUGUCGGCUACGCGAAACAGAUUCCACUGCAGUUCGCUGUCGAACCCGUCGAGCUCAUUCAGGGCGUCUGUCCUCUCAUGAUCAUCCUUCGUGUGGCGAACGGUAAUGCCUGGUCCAGGGAAACAUACCGUUCAGUGGUACCUGGCUCCAUGACAUUCGCCCCGAACCCGCAUGUGACGCAAACAAAGCGAUCGUCGAAGCGUUGGGAUGGUAGUAACACGGCUUUCGGAAGCAGCGGUGACAAAUCGUUCGGCCUGAGGUCCAUCCAUACGUCGAAUCCAGGAGACCUCUCAUUCGUCGACACUACUGUGGGCUCACAUUCAAACAUCGAGCAGCAUCCGAUCUCGGAAUUUGUUAUACAUGAGGUGAAGGAACCAGAACCAUAG